AAAUUAAAACGGCCGCUCUCGCCGUCCGGUCCCUUGAUUAUUCUUCGUGUGUUUGUUGGCGACGCUUGUUGCUGGUGGCUCUGUUGCUGUCGUACCAAAUGUCCUUGCAGAUUAAUGGCACAGUGUUAGUUGACUGCAGCUGCUUAUUAAUCCUCUGUGCUAUUCAGUUAAUAUGGUGUUAGCGUCAUGGAGAGCAGUUGGCAGGGAGAGCUUCCCUAUAUAUACUACACGGGGGGUGAUCAGGAGUUCCCAGUUCGCUUCGUUGUCUUCUCGUAUGGUGGUGUGUGGUGGCUGGAGAGGGUCCAAGCAGGCGCGCCCGGGAGGCAUGCACGGCGAGAGAGGUGCCGUUGCUCCUCGGCGGGGCGCGGAGCGAGCAGCUGGGCCCGGCGGGUCCCUCGCCCACAGCUGCUACUACUCCGCGGCGCGCGCCCACUACGACGUCGCCGUCGUGGCCGCGGCGCUCACGCGCGUCGUCUGCGCUGCCGCCGACCCGAUGGCGACGCCGCCGCGCGGGGCCGAGGCGGCGGCGGCCUCGGCGAUGCCGCCGGCGCCGCGGCCCCCGCCCCUUUGCUUGCGCGCUCACCGUUUCGGCAUUUUCAUGGGUGCGCGUGAAUGCAUGUGCGGUGCUUGUCACGUCCCGUCCCGUACGUGUACGUUUCUGAGUUCGCGGUUGUCACGGCCGGGUCAUGGCAUGACGUGCGCGCGCGUGCGUGCAGGGGGAGGCGGAGGAGGCGGGGCGGAGGCGGAGCCGCCGCGGGCGCAGCGUUACAGGGGCGUGAGGCGGCGGCGGCGGGGCAAGUGGGCGGCGGAGAUCCGGGACCCGGGGAAGGCGGCGCGGGUGUGGCUCGGCACGUACACCACGCCCGAGGAGGCCGCGCGCGCCUACGACGCCGCCGCGCGCAGGCUCAAGGGCGCCAGGGCCAAGCUCAACUUCCCCUUCUCGACGGCGGCGCCGUCACGGCCCCACCGACACCACCAGGCGGUAACGGCCGCGCGCCUGCUGCCCGCCGCGUCGCCGCCGCCGCUGUCUUCCCCCGGCUUCGCCGCGGCGGCGGCCGUGGAGUUCCCCGGCCUCGGGCAGUACGCGCGCAUACUUCAGAGCAGCCACGCGGACGUGAGGACCGUCGCGUCCGUGGCGCCGCCGCCGGUGGACGGGCACGACAGUGAUGGCUUGCAUUGGCAGCAGCUGCAGCAGAUGGUGAACAAAGCGUCGCACGGUGGGAUCAUGCGGUUGGGCUGAUGCUUCACGACUUCACGUCACGUCUUCGUCGCACAUCGUCAGCGCUGCGGACGAUCGAGCAGUUUGCUUUUCAAGCUAGCGUGUGACAUCGACGUUGUGUGACGCCUGAUGAGGGAGGGUGCUUGCACCCGUGCAUCGCGUACAAUGUACGUGCACAUGUGGAAGCUCGCACCCACAUGUCCAUGUACUGUGUUUUGUACAGGGCCGUGUGACAUCGAAGGCCUGCUAAAACUGAAAGUGUUUAAUGAA